AUGCCACUUGAUAUUUAUUACCAAAAUACUACAAACAUAAUUAAUAUCCCAUUUCCUCCAUCUAUUAGUGUAGAUGAAAUUGUACAAAUUCAUAUAAACAAUGACAUUAAGAAUGUAAACCAAACAAUGAAUGCGUUUAUGAUUUAUCGAAAAGAAUAUAAUCACGUAGUUGCAAAAUUUAAUCUUUUAAGUAAAGAUGUAUCUAAAUUUGUCAGCAUUUCAUGGAAAAAUGAACCAGAAGAUGUUAAAGACUAUUAUCGACAGAUGGCAAAAGAAGUAAAAAAAUGUUUCAAAGAAAAGGUUCCUUCUCUUUGUUUUAUCAAUAGUAAUAUAACAAAUGAUAAUCAAGAUACCUCUAAUCCUUCGCUUGAUAUGGAUCAAAACUUUCCUCCACCCCUUAAUAUAAAACAUCCUCUUGUAUCUAGAAAUGAUCUUCUUGAAUAUGUGACUAUGGAUGAAGAAAAAUUUAUGGACCAUCUUUCUGAAGAAAUGGCAUUAACUUAUAAGGCAAUUAGUCAAUCGUUGAAGUAA